UUUGACUCAAUAUUACGUAAAAGACUUGUCGACUUCUUCCAGAAUUUUGUUUCUUCUAUUUAAUCUUCUUUAGUACUUGGAGAUUCUCGAGAUUUAUUUUUGUUGCUUGACUCUAUACAGGUUUGAUUGAUGACUAGCCGAAAAAACACGCAUUGGUGUAAUACUUGCAGACGAGGAAUCCGUCUUCAAGGACAAGACUUAACUAGAGGAGGAGCUUGCGUUCACUGUGGUAACACCUUUCUUGAAAGGCUCUGUGAGAAUGUUGAACUAAACCCUUUUGAUUUAUUCGGUUUAGCCAUUGAAGAAUCUCGUAACCGCCGCGGCAACAACAGAAGAAGACCGGUUCUUGAUAACCAGUUGAGUUUUCAAGAGUUGUUUAACCGGCUCUCAGCACAAGACCGACGUGGUCCACCUCCAGCUUCACCAACCGUGAUCAACUCAAUGCCGAAGAUAAAGAUCAGGAAGAAGCAUCUCGGUUUGGAUCCGUGUUGUCCGGUUUGCCAAGACCGGUUUGAAAUGGGAUCGUUUGCAAGAAAGAUGCCGUGUAAACAUAUCUACCAUUCGGAGUGUAUAAUACCGUGGCUAGCCCAGCAUAAUUCUUGCCCGGUGUGUCGGAAAGAGCUGCCACAGGACGGGAAAAAUGGUCGGAAAAAUCCCUUGUUGUAUUUGUGGCCGUUUGCCUCCUCUGGUUCAGCUUCAAACUAUAAUGGACCACAUUUUCAUUGAGAUGCUUGUGUCACAAUCCAUGAUGAUAUAUUUUUGUUUUUUGGUUAAUUUGUGGUUUUUAAAAUUUAAUAUAACGAUGUACAAAGCGUUUUGUAGCUGAUCAGUACCAUUUUUGUA